AGCUGCCACCUUAAAAAGGUUGGAUGGGUAAACUACGUAGUCGUUUAUCGGCCUAGCCAGUGGGUGUAACACGAACAGGAAACCGUAUCCAAAAAUGGAGAAAUAUAGCCAGUUUCGCGAUCGUGGUACUGGCAUUUCGCCUUUCCUCCCAUCGACAACGCCGGCCUCGUCGAUACCAUCCUCACUCCUACAUGUCGCGCUCUUCCUCGUCCGCUUGCCACUCUUUGUCUCGUACAGCGUCUUCUACUUCGUCGUCCUCGACCACUUACCCGUGCCCCAGUUUGUCCGUAAGCUGCUGCUUUGGUCGCUGCUGGGCAUCCCCGGCAUCUGGUGGGUGGACCUGCAACUCGACGGCGUCAAGCGCGGCUCCCUCUCUCAGCAGCCCGCCUCGCGCUUCCCCGGCCCCCGCUCCGUCAUCGCCGCCCAGUUCACUAGCCCUGUUGACGCCCUCUAUCUCGCCGCCAUCUUCGAUCCCGUCUUCGUCGUGUCUUACCCCGGCACGCGCAAAGUCCUGCGCGUAUCCCUCUUGCGCGCUAUCCUGCUCGCCCUGGCGCCCCCCGCGCUCGCGCCGCCGCCCCCGCCAGCGAAACUGACCACCCUGCGCGCCCUUCUCGAGCAGAACCCGCACCGCAUCAUCGCCGCCUUCCCCGAAAUGACCACGACCAACGGCAAGGGCAUCCUCCCGCUCUCGCCGUCCAUCCUCGGCGCGUCCACUGGCACCCGCAUAUUCGCCAUCAGCAUACGCUACACACCACCCGAUAUCACGACGCCCGUUCCCGGGGCCUACCGCUCCUUCCUGUGGACCCUUCUCAGCCGCCCAACGCAUCUUAUCCGCGUACGCAUAGCCGAGGGUCUGACUAUUUCGACCAACAGCGACAACGUCUUCGCACCCAGCGCCGCAGACCAACUCGCCAAUGGUGACAACGAAGGUGAUGCGGAGGGGGAGGCUCAGGCUCAUGUGACUCCCGAGGAGCAGGCCUUCCUCGACCGCCUCGCCGACGCGUUCUCGCGGCUCGCGCGCAACAAGAGGGUCGGUCUGACGUUGCACGACAAGGUGGCGUUCGUCGAAGCGUGGGGUAAGGCUAAGAAAUAAGACGAAAAAAAAAACCUCGAAAUGCGGCAGGACGAGACGAAACGAGACGACACGACACGAUACGAACUUAAAAUUGCGACGGUAUUAAUACGCUAGAAUUCUAGAAUUCUACCUUGAUUUCAACUUACAGCACCUAUGAAUGCAUCGCAUUUUUCGCGGUGGAGCACAUGGCGAUAGACAUGCCUAUCCUUCCACCCGCAUGCUACGCGAGGGGG